CGCUCACCUAUCUCUAACAGAGAAGGAAACCCUGCAUACUCUCAGCUGCUGGAAAUCUCUUCCGGCAAGCAGAAGUAAUAUUCAUUCCAUCGAGCUCAAACGCCGGCGAUUUCCUCCAACAACCUCACUUAUUCAUUUUGAGAAUAGUUUCUCCAUAAGUGAAGAAGGUUUGAUUUGAUUUCUUGAAGUCGCUCAAUCUCCGGCCAUGGCCGAUAACUUCAGCGAAAGCUUGUCUUCUGAUCACGUGCAACUCAAGAUCCCCUCCGGAGAUUCUCCAUAUGUGAAGGCCAAGCAUGUUCAGUUGGUGGAGAAGGAUCCAAACAGAGCUGUUGUAUUGUUUUGGCGUGCAAUAAACUCUGCGGAUAGAGUUGACAGUGCUCUGAAAGACAUGGCUGUAGUGAUGAAACAGUUGAAUAGAGCCGAAGAAGCUAUUGAGGCCAUUAAAUCUUUUCGAGGACUGUGCUCUACAAAAGCACAGGAACCUCUUGAUAAUGUUCUUCUUGACCUCUACAAGAAAUGUGGAAGGGUCACUGAACAGAUUGAUCUGCUCAACCACAAGCUGAGGAUGAUUGAUGAGGGCAUUGCUUUUGGUGGGAGGAUAAUGAAAACGGCUAGGUCACAAGGGAAAAAAUUCCAUGUAACUGUUGAGCAAGAAAAAUCUAGGUUGUUAGGCAACCUUGCCUGGGCUUAUAUGCAAUGUGAAAAUUACAAAGAAGCCGAACCGCUUUAUCGAAGAGCUCUGGAAAUAGAGAAAGAUUACAAUAAGAUGUGCAACUUAGCUAUCUGCUUGAUGCAGACAGGAAGACUUGCAGAAGCCAAAAUCAUCCUUGCAGAUGUUAAGAAACCUACUAAGUACUGCAAUGGAGAAUCCUAUCAGAAAUCCUUUGAGAGAGCAUGGGAAAUCAUGAAUGAAUUGGAGCUGAUACCAGACCAAAAAACAGUAAAGAACAAUUCCUCAGUAUCUUCUACCCUAUGCUCUUUCAGUGAUGAGAAAGCCUCUACAGCUCCUUUGGAUUUCGACAUGGCAUCACUGGAUCAUGAAGUGUCACCUGAUGCUCUUUCCCAGGGCAGUAUAUGGGGGUCUUCUUCUCAAGAGGCUUCUCUUUCACCUGUGUCAGUAAAAGUUACUUCGCAAUCCAAGCCUGUGAUGAUAUCAGAGUACUCAGUUGAAAGGAAAAAAAUAGAUAGUGGGACUGAAAAUAUGCUCAUCAGGCUUGACAUCCAGAUUCAUAGGCCAAAGAGCAAGGAAUUUGUGGUUGACAGCAAGAAAGUUGUGACAUCAGUCUCAAAUGAUCAAAGCUUUGACAAAUUAAAAGCCUUCACUGAUGAAUUUCAGAAAGAAGAAGAUGGUGCAGGAGCUAAGAUUUCUUUUGAAAUUCCAUAUUUGAGCUCAGGGCCAAAUGUAGAGUCCUUUUUCUAUAAAACUGAGAAAAAGACAUGGGCUGAUAUGGUGGAGGAGGAUGAGCAAUUGGCUUUUGAGAAUGCUGAGAUCAGUAGUAGUUCACUAAAGUUUGCUGGAAGAUCUUGGGCAGACAUAGCAGAAGAGGAAGAGAGGUCAGACAAUAAGAAUUUUGAAUUCGGAAGCUGUGGCAGGAAUCAGAAAUCAGCAACUAGGACACCUAUUUCUUCCUUUAAGAAGCUAAAUAGGAAUGAGACCCAAAAGUUGAAACGUGACAAUAUGAACUCUAGCAAACUAAAGACUUCCUCUUACAAAUAUCUAAGUGGUGGAUGCAAAGAACUGAGUGGGAGGUGGCGAGGAACCGCGAAGAACGCCGAACCGGAACGUAGAUCAUUGUCUUCUGAUCGACGGCCUGGCUGCAAUUUGGAGGUUAGAAAGCUUGGGACUGAGUUAACAGGUAGUGGUGGUAAGUCUCAUGAUGAUUCAGAUUACUUGUCUGGGAUGGGUGGAAGGUAUAGAUGUAGGAAGCAGUGUAAUAGGCUUCAAGUUUUCCAGGAAAUCACUACAGGUGAUGCAAAAGCUUGAACUGUUUUACAACAAUUAUGAUAAGUUCACUGUUUUUUCUUGUUCAAUUUCACUGGUUUUGAACUUUUUGGAAAGGAAAAAGGAGAAAGUGAUUCCUCUUUUAUGUAUAAAUUGAGAGAUAUACUCUGUAAGUUGUGUAAUUGUAUUGCUAAUAAGUUGGAUGAUAUU